AUGAAGCAGGAGUUGCCUUCGUCGCUGGAUCCGGUUCCGGCUGUUUCGUCCGCCAGGAGCCUAAUGCGAGAUAGCAGCUACAACACCAACAGGUUUGAAGCGUUGUCCUCUACGGUUGCACUUUUGCCCGACGACGGCGAGGACGAAAACAAGACGAAUGGAGAGACUUGCAGUGCAAUGAGCUGCUUUUCGUCAACAGGGCCCCAACGGCGGCCUAAGAAACUGCAGACCAGGGCGAACAAGAAGAAGCAGAUGCUGAGUAAAAGAAGACUCGCGAGCAUCUCUCGUAGUAGAUCGCUCUCUUCUAGUCCUUCUACGACGCAUCUUGCAGUAGCCGCAGCAUCUUCUUUGGGAGCGCCAUGCAAUGACGACGCCCCGUCUUCAUCCUCAAUCAAUCCAUCUGCACCUUCAAGAUCUUUUUGUCGGUUUUCCUGCAGAGGAAGACAACUCCCUAAAAAGCGAGUGCCUCCAAUAAGAGUACUGCGGCUGGAAGGCCACUACGAGACCCAGCCCAAGGCUGCUGCGCUGGCAGGCCCUCCCGGUCUUGUGCGUCAGUUCCUUCUACUUCUCAUACCGGUUCUAGUGGUCGUCGCCUAUCAGCGGAUGGAAAGCGUAAUGGGAACCGCCAUGGGAGGAGAGGAAGACGAAGACCAAAAGGAAAAAAAAGAAAUGAUAGAGGAAGCCUGGACUUUUUUCAAGACGCGUUUGCCUGCAGAAGAGUUCCUACAGCUGAAAAUUGAUGAAGGAUCAGUGGGGCGCUGGCGGAACCGUUUGGAAAGCAAACGGGACAUUGGGCACAACACUCCACAAGAGAUGGCGGGAAGCAUAAUUUCGACGUGCAUGAACGUGGAUACUGCACAAGAGCAAUCAGCAGAGGUGCAAAAUUUAUACUACGGCACCUCCACCUCGUGCAAUAUUAAUACCGCCCACGUGCCCCCGGCGUGUACACACGCCGGGGCAGGGCGGAAGGAUCUUACAAAUGCUACGAGUUACAUAAAAUGGACGCAUCCGGCCUACCGGCGGGCUACGAACUACGUAAAGAGUAACGGGCUACGGAAUAAGCGAAGCAGCCACGUGCUAGAAGCUUUUUUUUACUUGUUACAUAAACAAAAACACUGGCAGCAGUGCCACUCUUUGCGUAGUUCGUAGCUCGCCGGCAGGCCGUAUGCGUUUUAUGUAACGCGUAGCAUUUGUAUGACCCUUCCGCCCUGCCCCGGCGUGUGUACACACCGGGGGCACGUGGGCGGCACAGGUGUCGCAUUGCGAAAAUCUAACUAUUGAUAAUUUGUUUUUUUUAGUUUUUUGUUUUCUUUUAUUGUCAACAGAGCUCCGAGUCCGAAUUUUUUGACCAACAAUACAUAGAACAGGUGUAGGCUGGAUAGUAUCGCAUGAUCUUGAACAAGGCAAAGGCCAUCCAUUAUCGUACUAGUUGCUCUCAUCUUGUUCGAACAUUUACAUGCACCUUUUGUUCUCCUUUGAUGGUUCGGGCCCGCAACGCAGCGACUAUGACCAGUCUAAGUAACCUUUACCCGCCUCGAGCCUACUCGUGUAGAGAUUCACGAUUUGUAUGUAUCAUUUACAUUCUAAUAGCGCUCUCCCAGAUCCAGAGUAUCUGGAACUUACCACUCCAAUCAUGAUUCCACUACAUUCACUCAGGCCAGCCUAACAUUGGCUGAGUUACCGGAGAUGCGCUUGGUCAUGGAGCAAAUGGAGCUAUCUGAAGUCGUGGAGGAUUGGACAAUGGCUGAGCCUAAGGCCAUUCUGGGUGUUGGCGCACAUGGCGUCGUCGUAGAAACUGCAGAGGGAAAAGCCCUGAAGUAUGUGUCGUAUUUACGUGUGGUGCAGCUGCAAUCAAUCUAACACUUGUAUCCUAUGUGCGUAUCGCUCAUGAUCCCCAGACCACAUUAAGCGUUUCUGAUUAUGCAUCGAUACAUGGUACAAUAAAAUUCGGGGUUCAACCGAAGAUCUUGUUACUGCCUCUAACAUGACAUGGCAAGAAGGACGGGACGGAGUGGAAGGAAACAGCGAAGGAGUUGCUGCGCGAAGCUUGUACGGGUCUUCUUGUUUCAAACCACCCCAGCAAGAAGAUCGCGGCGAAAACGCUGAAGGCAUAUAUUAGCUCGAAAGUAACAAGAAAGGGCUUGCAGCCUUAUGUCUACUUAGAUUUGUGUUUUAGUUUUUGGAUAAGAGGUCCGCUGCAGCUCUGUCGCCAAUCAUGAAGGGUGCUGGCAUUCCCAUUUUUUGUAUAUUUUCCAACUUUCUGAGCCGAAGAACAACAAGUCGACACCUGUCAGCUGCGUAGACAUAACAAAACAUACACACGAAACCUCAAUUUUCCCUCUAAUCUGCUUCCUCUCCUCUUACGCUGCAUUUCCUCCUUCUGCAAGAGAAGCACAGCAAAACGCUAUUGCAGCUUUCGGCCCCGCUCGCGAAGUCGGAAACACCGAGUGGACAACCGGUUGCCUCUGCUGGUGAGGUUCAUUCUGCCGACAGCGGCGCCAAGACGUCUCGCUUUUUCCCUCCUGAAGCAAUGUGGUGGGCGGGUGUUGACGGCGGUGCUGCCAACGCUAGUCUGUCGUCUCUCGUAGCUUUUCUGUGUGGAUUCAUAGAGAAUGUUCUCCUCUUCCAUAGAAGUACAGGCAUGGCGCACCAGGAUCUCAAGUCGGAUAACGUGUUCGUCGAAGUCGAGCCAGCUGCAACAUCUCCAUCUGGCACUCCACGAGCGGCGUGGCUUGCUGAUUUCGGGGAGACUGCGCGAGGAAGUAUGUCAGAAAAAGAAAGACAGACGGACUCGGAGAACGCUUGGGGGCUGCCGUACUGCACCGUACAACUGUAUGCGGAUCCGCUUUUGUGUUCAUGUCCACAGGACAAAUCCAGCCCAAAGGAGUCUGCGGCUGAAGUUCAUCCACCGCGGAGGAACGACAUCAAGAUCGAUCUGAAGAGGUCGGACGCUUGGACAGUGGGGAUAGAUAUUCUCGAGGCGAUGGGGGCAAAGAUAAUCCCGCAAGUGAAAGUUGUGGACCAAAUAAGACGAGAGACGCAGAUCGCCACUAAUGGGUUAUGACGUCACCUUACACGAUCACGAAUACUAGUUUCUGCACUCUAGCAGUUUCACCCCUUCAGGCUAUCGCUUUUGAUGCUGCGUAUUAUAAUAAAAUAUAUGUAGAUAUAGCUUUACAUUUACCCUUUUUGUUCUUAUCGUCGUAAUCGUAAUGACAGUUUUCUUCUUCUCUGCUGGUACAGCCAGUCGCAGUCUUUUUCUUUUAGUGUUAUGUGAAUAAUCUAGAUGAUCUAAAUCAUAAUCUAUAAUCUAUCAUCUUUUACAAUAAAAUCUAGUAUCCUAAUAUUACGAUGAAGAACAUGAAGAUGAUUGUAUACUCCUCGCUUCUAUAUUAUGACAGUGUCAUCAAGGACAAUACAUGGCUUGACUUUGACACAUAAAGUCAAGCCUAAUAUACAGCAUACAGAUUCACGAUUCUGGCUAGCUUUUGUCUUCCGCUUGAUUACUUUCGUUUCCAUCCUGGUUUGUCAUACUAUUCUCUGUUUGUCUUUGCAUUUGGUAUUUACAUUUUUCUAAUGUUGUGAUUAAUGAUGCUUGACAAGUACUACACAGCGCUCACUUCAUAAUCACCUGGUGACGACGGGCAGACGACUGUGGCGCCCGAGGAACGCCUGCUGCAUGCGCAGAGCGUUUGCGUGGAAGUGAUGAACCAGGUCAUCCUCCCUAUGCUCAAGGAGCUGCCCAAACAGUUUCCACCGGAGGACGCGACACGCGCAAAAAAGCUUGCCAAAGGGCUGCGGUUGAAUUCACUGAACUGCGAUGAAAAAGACAAAAACUUUUCCAUGAAGCAUCCAACUGCAAGGGAGCGACCACGACUCAGCGACAAGAUUCACCCGCUAGAAGACGGAGAAGACCGCGUGUUCGGAGAGCGGAAUUUGGAAACGCUUCUUAGCGUCUUUAAAGGCGUUGAGGAGGACAUGACUGCGGGGGCGACAGAAUUGCCACAAGAUGGGAUGCAUCCACUCGAGGCGGCCGCUCUGAGCGUGCACGAUAAACCUACUGAAGAAAUGCAAAGACGAUUCACGACGCUGAUGCAAAAUCUAGUCAAGCCGAGAGAACCUGGGAAAGGGACCCCGACGCCGAAGCAGCUCGUCCUGAAGAGAAUACUAGAAGCGAUUCUGCAGCCGUGUUGGAAUGAGAAUGCGCUCACCAAGUGGGAACACACGAUAUUAACCGGAGUAGGUCGUGCAGAAAAUACGUGGGGCGAGCUCUUCAUUGCCGCCGUGACAGCUGGAACUCUAUCGUCCGUUGGGAUAAACAAGCUAUUAGCGGAUCCGAUUAAAGCUAAAGCGGACCUUCUCGACCUUGCGCGGGAAGCGCUUGGUCGUGUGCCGUUUGCUGAGUAUGAAAAAAAAUGUUUUGAAAAUAUUUCGGAUUCGGGCGCGAAAGACAGCUUCUUCGCCAGGAAAGAUAAAGCGAAGGAAAUACUAACAAAGCUCGAGCUCGAAAGCGGGUCCUCGUUCAUAGCCAGCAGUAUGGGCGAUGUCGGCGAAGGUAUUUCGACUUCAUAUUGCGACCAUCGGUCUUCUGCGUGCUUAUAUUUUCAGGCUCGCGCUGGUUUCCGACGUUCACUCAUAUGCUUAAAGCGUAGUAACCUCUAUCUCCUCGAUGUGUGAUGUCAACUGUAUUCUGCCAUCGUGCCUUAGUUUGCUUUGGGGCGGAUUGGUUUUUCUUUUGGGAGUGAUUGUUCUUCACGAAAUACAACUAUCUAAGAUUAUUUCUAUCUUCCUCUACUGAUCUUUCUUUUUUCUAGUUACUUAGGUCGGCUCCACCACAAUUAUUUGCGCUAUCUUCUCCAUCUACUCCAGGUGACCCCUCAUUCCUCGAUUUGGAAGGCGGAAGAGACCAAACCGAGGAUCCGGCGACCGCUUUUUUGGCUGUGACAGUCCUACUGCCGGACCACGGCGAUGAUAUCCAUCACGACGCCGCUGCCACCCAUGACAUGAAUCGCGAUGCUCUUCACGGUGGCAUCCAUGACACAGAUCAUGCUAUGGAUUGGAAAAAAUUACUCAACUACAUACUCAAAAGUGCCAUCUGGUUUUAGUUUACAACUCACUUAGAAUCUUCAAAUUCAGAAUAGCAUGCCCCUAGUAUCCACUAUCUAAUUAUCUUUUGAGACAUGCAUUUGUUGCAUAGAUAUGGAUACAUAUGGUAGUAUUGAGGAAUUGUAAGUCUUUUCCUUUCAUGUGCGUUUUCGGCCAAGCGGGCUCCACGUCGCGACGUGUGGCACCUGCUAGCGAUGAUGACUGGCUUAGCACCACUGACGAAGUGGAAAUGGGCGUCAACGCUUUAAGUUCGGAUGAACUAGCGCUGGUUAGAGGUGGAGCAAGAAACGAAGGAGGUGGUAGUUAGGGGACUACAGGUGGAGGACCUAAUGGUAGUCAGGAGACCACUACUGUAGUGGUGGUUAGAAGGAUACUACAAGUGGAAGUGGUGGUGGUUACAGGGAGGCAGUCGGUGGACGUAGUGUUGAUGGGAAGGAAACGACAGGUGACACUUUUAGUUUGGUGGAGAAUAGGUGCAACUAUUGUAGACGAGGAGGACGAAGGGAUCGGGGAUAACGAUAAGAGAGCAAAUGAGGAAUGAAGAGGUGGUUAAGAGUAGCAGAGGAGAAGGACGAAGAGCAUAGAAGCAGGAAAAUGGGGAUAUAAUUAGUACUAGUAGACGAGGAGGAGGAGGAAGGACGUAACUAUCUAUUAAUAGAAUGAGAGGUGAUCUUCAGUUAGGACGCGGGUGGAAUUAGUACUAGUAGACGAGGAGAAGGAGCAGGGACCGACGUAACAGGAUGAGAGGUGAGUAUAUGCAGAAGUUAGGAGGCUGGUGAAAUAACUAGUAGUGGUGGAGGAGGAGGAGGAAGGGCGUAUUAAGAUGAGAAGUGGGACAAGGUUGGAAGAUGGUGGUAGCUGAAACUCCUAGAAAAGACCGAUGAAGGUGAGUGAAAAAAUGGAACUCCUGCUCGACUAUGACGUAGGCUGUGCAUUGGUAAUUAGGAUUGCAGCGGGUACUUGGGAGUGCAGACUCGAGCAGUGGAGGUGUAUGAAUUUAGCCUAGUACAACUACUACAGGAGGAUCCAUCGGCAUAAUGUAUGAGAAUGAGUGUUACUUAGAACUACACCAGACACAAGUGACAAAUGACAAGAACAAGAUUAUUUUCAGCAAGCUUCAUGACGUACGAACCAGCAACAUUCGCAGCAUUUUGAUGGCUUUAACUUAAAUUUCGUUUUCGUUAUAAGUAUCAAUGUAUUACCUAUACCUAAUCUUCAAAAUUGUAUCAUAACGAGAAAGAAAAACACCAAAGUCGAAUAUUAAAAUAUGCUAAUGCUUCGGAUAACGAUAAAAAUGAAAAUGUACUCCUUGAUGGGACGUCGACAUGUUAGGUUACGUCGUGUACAGCGUGUAGGUGUACAUAAAAAAGGCAUGAAGAUCAAACAGAUUGCGGCGACUCCCACUCAACUCGUGGAUGUGGGCUGUGUCACCUGUGCUCAUAUGAUAUUCGCAGAACUUGUUCUCUUCCUAAUAAGAAAGAUCAGCAGGGUCAGGGUAUAGGUUCAAGUUGGCCUGGUAUCGCUUCAGGUUCUACCUUAUUUGUUCAUGUUCUAGCAGUAGCAAAUGCCAAAGCUAUGAUACAAAUGACUUUCCAGCAUGCAAACAAACAAACAAACAAACAAACAUCUGCACAGUCUUAAGAAAAGGAUACUACUCCUCUCACCCACAGUCACAGCAUAUUAGAAUUCAUAGAUGAAAUGCAUUAUAGAAUAAACUGUACUCAAUUGCGUCGUCAAUAGUGGCGCAGCCUCCACCCCCGCUGUGCAUCAGACUUUCAGAAAGAAGGGAACCAUCACAGAACAAGCAGCAGUUUUCCCCCAAGCUUGCGACCAAGUAUGUUGGGCAACACCAGUAUAACCCAACCCUGUGCAGCACACUAGCAAUGUUCGGUUACAACCCAACCCGUGUCGUUAAUACCCCUUCCCCUACCUCUCCA